UCCAAAAAAAGCAGAAAAGUCACUCAGAGAGGCUGUUUCUUAUCUAGCGGAGUCACAGGAAGUAGGGGACACAGAGAGUACACUGUGGGUCAUUUUCCUUUUUUUCAGAGGACAGUCGAAUAAUACACUCCUCAGUUUACUCCCAUCAACAGCCUCCAUCACCAGAGUGAACGUCCUACGAGUUCUCCUGUGAAAGGUAGAAAAAUCAGCCGCUAAAAUGGGGUGCUUUGGAUUCCUCAAAGCCAUGAUGGUGGUUUUCAAUGGCAUUAUCUUCUUGGCGGGUGCUGCCAUCCUGGGCGUUGGGAUCUGGGUGAAGGUGGACAGCGGCUCCAUCCUCAGCUUUCUGGGGAAAAUAGAAAAUGCACCUGCCGAGCUCAGUCAGUUGCUGAAUGUGGGCUACCUGCUGAUAGCAAUAGGAGCUCUGCUGCUCGUCAUCGGCUUCCUGGGCUGCUGUGGAGCCGUCAAAGAGAGCAAGUGCAUGCUGCUGCUGUUUUUCAUCAUAGUCUUGGUGGUCUUCAUAGCGGAGGUUGCGGGAGCGGUGGUGAUCUUGGUAUUCAGACCCUUGGCAGACGAGUUGUUCACCAAGUUUGGCGAAGCUGCGGUUAAGAACAUCCGUAAAGACUACGGGGGAAAUCCUGACGUCACAGGACUGUGGAACUCUACCAUGAACACGUUGCAAUGCUGUGGAUUCUACAACUCCUCAGACUUCGUUGGCUCUCCGUAUUAUGAAAAAUAUGACCAGCAAUUCCCACCACAGUGUUGUCCAGGCCUUGUUGGUCCGUGUAACCAAUCGGUAGCAGACAAUGACACGACGAUCACGGGCUGCUUUCCAAAGAUCAAGCAGCUGAUUGACGAAAACACAUCGGUUAUUGUCGGAGUCGCCCUGGGAAUCGCAGCUCUGGAGAUAUGUGCCAUGGCUGUUGCUAUGAUCCUUUACUGCAGAAUAAAAUCCAGGGGGGACUAACUGCAAAUGCGAGGAUCCGUCUAAUCACUGGAGCAUUUCUUCUUCCUUUAUCCCCUCUCGAGGGAUGAAGGGCUAUGCUUUUAUUUUGCUAAAAAUGCCUCGUUAUUAAAGAUAUCAGAUAUUGUGCAAUCAGAACGACUGAAUGACAUAACAAAUCUAUUUUUACUACAUUUAAAUCUAUCUAAUAGAUGCCGCACCUGAAUGAUCUAUUUCCUAAGAACACUCAACUUUGUAAAAAAAAAAAAGCUUCACAUGCUGCCUACUUUAUCAAUUUUUUUUUAAAUAUCAUCAGUCACUACUGUAUCUGUAACACAUGGCCAGGUGAUGAGGAAUCACAUAAUACUGUGAUAAUGAAACAAAGGCUGGCAUGUAGGACACAGGAGACACUUGUAAUGUUGUUGCCAUGAUGCAGCUUGUAACAUAGCAACAGGAGUUAUGCAUUAUUUCUAUGUAUGUUGUGUGGUGAUCAAUUUUAAAAUAAAGUAUAUGGUAUUUCUACGUCA